AUGGCUCUCAUCACGAAGAUAAUAGCGGGGUUGAUUUGCGUUUACAUUGUCCGAAAACUCUUGUUUCCGUCUGUCGCACAUCUCCCCAAGGGUUUACCCAUAAUUGGCGCCAAAGACAGCGACUGGUUUCCCUUUUUUCAAGCCGCAUUGCGCAACGCUCUCAACCUUCGGGGGAAUAUCUUGGAAGCCUACGCAACGCACAAGGACCAGGCCGCAAUUCUGCCUAUUGCAGGACCUGGCGGUCAAACAUUUGUGUUGCUUCCAGCGUCUGAGACUAAAUUAGUGACGGAUCAGCCCAAUACUGUGCUCAGCUUGCGUGAGGUUAUUGUACAAGGGCUUCUCUACGAGUACACUAUAUCCGACAAUUUCAUCGUCUCAAACCCAACGCACACGAAGCUCAUUACGACGACGUUAACCAACCAAGUCGCUAAUCUCCUUCCUGGCUUGGCUAACGAGACCAUUCGAGGCUUUGAGCAACAAUGGGGAACCGACACAGAGUCAUUUCAUGACGUCACAAUAUGGGAUAGUAUGGGUGCUAUUGUGAGCAGAGCAACAAAUUACGCCUUUGUUGGUCUCCCAUACUGUCGUGACUCGGCGCUGCUGAAUGCCGGUAUUGGCUUUGCACGUGCACUACCAUUCAGCCAGCUGUUAUUGAGUUUUACAUGGAAGCCGCUACGUCCUUUGGCAUCAUUGUUGUUCACGCUUCCCUGUCGAUAUUACGAAAACCGGUUCACUCAAAUGCUAAUUCCAGAGAUUGAACAUCGCCUACAACAAGUUGACAAUCCUACCUCCCCGCUGCGUGCCGAGGAAACCUCUGGCGAAGCGGAAAAGAAGAAUGAUUUUCUAGAGUGGUGUAUAGAGCAGGCGAAAGAAAGCGGCGACCCUCGCAUGUGGCAGCCCAGGACCCUUGCAGGCCGCAUACUUCUAAUGAAUCUGGUCUCUAUCCACACAUCCUCCUUGACCAUCGUGAAUGUCAUGCUGGAUCUGGCGUCCUCUACACCUGAAGUCCUUGAGGAGCUGCGCGCCGAGGUCAAACAAGUUCUGGAUGAGUGUGGAGGACAAUGGACGAAGCUGGCAUUGGGUAAGAUGGAGAAGCUCGACUCGGUGCUUCGCGAGAGUGCUCGUCUCAACACUUUGGUUGCCGUGGGGCUGCGUCGCAGAGUCGUAGCCAAGGAGGGAUUCACCACGACAUCUGGUGUCCAUUUACCUUGCGGUAAUUUCUGCGCUGUCCAUAACCUAGGCGUUGUCCACGACCCCAAUGUGUAUGAGCAGCCAGAUACCUUCAAGCCAUUCCGCUUCGUUGGACUGCGGCGUGAUGUCAACAGCGACGAUCCCAACAAGGACCACGUACAGCGAGCACGCUUGACAUUUCCCGCUACUGGGUGCGAUUAUCUUGCUUUUGGUAACGGUCGUCAAGCCUGUCCCGGCCGAUUCUUUGCGGCCAGUGAGCUCAAACUAAUGUUGGCGUACGCGUUGAUGUACUACGACCUGGAGAUUAUGGACUCGAGACCCGGUGACAGGUGGAUUGGGAUAUUGCGCAUUCCAUCUUCCAAUGCCAAGCUACGAGUACGCCGCCGAAAGGGAAGCGUUCAGCCGUCCGUGAAUAAUGACAAAUUGGUCUGA